AAGAGAGAUGUUAAAGCAACCUGGUGUGCCUCCCUCACACCCUCCCGUUGUUUUACUACUCUUUCCACGUUCUUUCUUUGCCCUGACACCACUCUACCCUCCUCCUUUAGUCCUCCUUUUCUCCUCCCUCCAAAAGGGAGGAGUGGCAAACCUGAGAGUGUAGACAAACUCGGCAGCACAGAGCGGAGCACACAUACUCACACAUUCAGCUGUUCACCGCAGAGUGAACAUGAGGAUGCCAUCUGCUACAUCGGAUUCUCUGUUGGAAUCUUGAGAAUUGUUCACAAGUCAAAGGUCAAGACUCAUCCCUUAUGUGCAUGGUGUUUUCAGAAGGAAAACUGAAGAGACUGAAGAGUAGACUGAAGGAUUGGCAGGUCAGACCACCUCAGGACACAAGAGUGGGGCUUAAAAGAGAGCAGAACUUUGCCCCCUUCACAAACUUUAACCUCCCAACCCUUGUACGCCAGACUCCACCCCCUCCAGCCACAGCCACCAGCUGAAGCUUGACAUUCUCCAGUAAGCAGAAGACCUCACUUGGAGACAUUACAUCAAUCACACUGACAAGCUGUCUGACCCAUUCAAGGGUCACCGAAGGCAACAGCUGUCCUGAUGGAAGCUACAACCCUGGCUGAGAUGGGAGACUUGUGUCAUCCUCGGUCCUCCUCUCCAGAGGGAGAGACUGUGUGUGAAGCUUUAGCCCGUUAUGAAAACACUCUCCGUAGCGCCAUACGAGAGAUCCACGUUGAUGUCAGCUCUUUUAAGAUGACCAUGGAGCGUCGUCUGGAGGAGACAACCAGUCUGAGCAGGCCUCUUGGACGGGAGGUGGCUCAGCUUCAGCAAGAGAACCGAGAGCUCAGGGGUCAAUUAGAGGCUCUUACAAGACAGGUGGAGCUCCUAACGGGUCUGGCAUGUGACCGCAACACCCUGCUUUACCACAGCCACAACCUGAGUAACCACAGUGAGAACCACAAGAAUCAUGUUAACGACAUUCAGGAGAAUCAUCAGGAGAUAAAAGAAGUGAUCUACGGCAGGGGUCAGGCUCAAACUCACAGCCAUGGUCAACCUCAUCUCCACGUCCAGACAUAUCCCAGCUCUGCAUCUUCCCCUGCCACCUUCCCAGGCUCCCCCAGCAACACCAGUCCUCCCAAUGGUUCCAGAAUUUCCUCUAUGAUGACAAGCCCAGGGGCCAGUGGUAGUCCCUCCACCGCCCGAUUCUCCAGCCGAGCCACCUUUGCUCUGUCCAGCAAGACCAACAGUACUGAGCGGGAGGAAGCAAUAGAUGUGGAUCCAUCUCCGGCACAUGCUGAGCUUGAGAACGGGCAUGCUGCAAAUGCAGCGCAAUCGAUGUUGGUACACGGGAAGAUCUCUCCACCCAGUGAUUUCCAACAUGAGCACACAGCCCCAGUUGCCAUGCGGAAACAACACCUUCCCAUCACUGCCACCACUAAGACAGCUGAAAUCAAGAGCCCCGAGUCUCCCAGCAGCCCUGCAGGUUCCCGUUCAUCUCCCUUCCAGGAGGGGUCACCUCCCAGCCAGACAACAAGCAGCAUCCAGGCACAGCCAACAGCAGGAUCCCUGAUUCAGCCAGUGUCUUCUGUAAAGACAUGGACUCAUACACCAGUCAGAGUGUUGGGAUCUCCCCUACUUCAAGAGAAAGCAAAUUUACCUGCAGUCAAAUCUUUGACUUACUCGGGGCUGUCCCAGUCUGACAGAGAUGAAGAUAUAAGCAGGGACAAGUCCUUUGGGGUAGGAGGAGAGAAGAGACGGGAGCUGGUGAGGUCACAAACUCUUCCGCGUAACAUUGGUGCUCAGGUCCGGCGAUCAGUCCUCGAAAGACUGGACUCUGAAGCCCCUAACAACAGCCUCCACAAAUCAGUGGAUCCCAAACACAAACUGAAGCGGUCUCAGAGUUUUGGGGUGUCCAGCGCCAGCAGCAUCAAACAGAUUCUCCUUGAAUGGUGCCGUUCCAAGACCGUAGGGUAUCAGAACAUCGAUAUUCAGAACUUCUCGUCCAGUUGGAGCGAUGGGAUGGCGUUCUGUGCGCUGGUUCACUCCUUCUUCCCCGCCGAGUUUGAUUACAGCACUCUGUCACCAGCCAACCGCAAACACAACUUUGAACUCGCCUUUGGAACUGCAGAAGUGAAGGCUGGCUGCGACCGAUUGAUCGAGGUGGAGGACAUGAUGGUCAUGGGCCGUAAACCCGACCCCAUGUGUGUCUUCACCUAUGUCCAGUCUCUCUACAACCACCUGCGGAGGUUUGAGUGACGGUCUGAUCUCAGCUCUAACUUUAGACCUUCAGACUUCUUGCUGUCAAGUUCAUUGUUGACCUGGCCCAGACCAAGCUCUGGUAGAAGCAAUGCCACCUCCUGCUGGCAGUAUAAUCCCCACGGUGCCUUGCUCAUAGAUGGAGCUCUUACAGCUUGAACUACUGUUAGUGUUGGAGAAAAUGAAUUUUUACACAAAUUUUACAGCUGGUUUGUCACCCGCAGCUUUUUUUAAGGGACUUGGACUGUGUUUAUUUUUUAUUAUAAUUAUUGUCACUGUACUUGUUAGAAAAGAAGUGGAGAGAACGCAUGUUUCACAAAUAUCACCAAAAGAAAAAACUAUAGUUUGUUAUUGAUACUUUUCAGACUAGAAAAUGUUUGCUGUGAACCGUUUACUGACUGAAUUUUACAUCCUAAUGCUGUGAUAUCACUGAUGUGAUCCUGACAGAACAAAGACGAAAUCAAUAAACUGUGUUUGACACUUU